AUGGAAAACCAGAAUAAAAGCACCAGGUUUAUUAUUUUGGGAUUUUCUGGUAAUGUGGAAAUGCAUGUCUUGCUUUUUAUAUUGUUUUUGAUCAUGUACGUCAUGUCACUGUUGGGGAAUGCAUUAAUAAGCAUUGUCAUCAGACUUGAGCCUUCUCUUCAUAUGCCAAUGUGCUAUUUCAUUGCCAGUCUAUCUCUUGUGGAUAUUUGCUAUAUAUCUGUCACUGCCCCUAAAAUGCUAGUCAACUUCCUUUCAGAGGACAAAUCUAUCUCCUUGGUUGGAUGUGCUGCCCAACUAUAUUUCCUUCUCUCACUAGGAACUACAGAGUGCUUUCUUCUUGCAGCCAUGGCUUAUGAUCGCUUCUUGGCCAUCUGUAAUCCAUUGCACUAUCCUUUAAUCAUGAACAAACAGCUUUGUGCCUGUCUGGUGGCUGGGUCAUGGGCCAGUGGGAUUUUGCUUUCACUAGGCCAGACAACUCUGAUAUUUUCUUUGCCUUUUUGUGAUGAACAUUGGAUCAACUAUUUCUUUUGUGACAUCCCACCACUCUUGAAGCUAGCCUGUGGAGAUAUCUAUCUAAAUGAAAUCACAGUCUUUAUGGCUGGACUGCUAAUCACUCUGAUCCCAUUAUUGCUAAUCCUGUUCUCCUAUGUCCACAUAAUCAAUACUGUGCUGAAAAUUGCAUCUGCAAAUGAGAGGCAGAAAGUUUUCUCUACCUGCUCCUCACACAUUAUUGUCAUCACUUUGUUCUAUGGAUCUGCUAGUGCAAUGUACCUGAGGCCCAGAUCUACGUAUGCCUUUGAAACAGAUAAAUUUCUAGCUCUGCUUUACUCCAUUGUAACACCAACUUUGAAUCCUAUUAUUUAUAGUUUGAGAAACAAAGAGAUAAAUGAAGCUCUCAAGAGAAGGUUAAUUAGGUAUAUCAUGCUAUUUUUAGCUGCUGCACUUGCAUUUUGUUCCCAAGCUGUCUUCAGUUAA